UCAAGUUGUGUAUUGGAUUGAUUUUAGUUUUAACUUGAAUUAAGACUCGGCACAUUUCAUUAUUAAUCUUUGAGUUUUAAAAGUCGUGAAUUCGUAAAGCCAAUCAGAAAUGAUUAACAGUGUAAUUUUGAUGAUGUUUUUAUAUUCAAAUUUUGUAUCAACAGAGUUCGAGGAAUCAACAGAAUACUACGAAAAAAUUGCUUGGGGUCAAUAUGUUUACGAAGAAGGCGCAUAUCCUUUCUAUCUUUCUAUACAAAAACCACUUGGCGGAAACCCGAAAUAUGGAUACUAUCACAGCUGUGGUGGAUCAUUAAUAGAACCGAGAAUCAUGUUAACAGCAGCUCAUUGUCUCAUGAAUGAAUCACAAAUUCCACUUAUGCGCAUUUUACCCAACUAUCGAAAUACACCGCUGAUUUUACCAGGAGAUCUAGUAUUCAAAAUUGAAGCCUACGAGAAGCAUCCACAUUAUGGAACUAUCCCAUGGUCAAAUGCUAAAGAUGACAUUGCUGUUGUACUUUUGGACAAACCUGAUCCUCGACCUGGUGCAAUAAUUUUACGGCCCUUCUUACCACUACAUAUUUGCUUUCCCGUUAAGAUGAUGGGCUUUGGUUUCACUGAAAGUGGCGAUCUUCCAUAUAGAUUAAGAGAAGCGACUGUACUCAGGCUUGAUGAUGAAGAUUGCCUCGAUGAAAUGCCGUGGAAUUACGCGCCAGGUUACAGUCUUUGCGUUUCUAAUGGCGUGGGCUCAGCUGGAUGUCAAGGUGACUCAGGUGGACCUUUGAUUUGGGAAAAUCCACAAAAUAAUAGAACCUUUAUUUACGGCGUGCUAGCUAUCGGAAGGUGGGAUUGUCGCUUUGCACCUUUUACAAUCUUUGUUGAUGUCUUAUCAUAUAAUGAUUGGAUUGAUAUUGCUAUCUUCAGAUUAACAAUUCUUGACGAAUUGAGAUCCGGUCUCGAGUGAAUAUUUUCAACUUUCAACGAAAUCAUUCAAAAAAAUUCAAUGGAAGGACCAAAUUGAUUUUCGGUCACUAUUUGGAGAUUUUAUUAUAACUUGAAUCAAUUGAGUUUCAUUGUUUUUUUCUCGUUUUUUUAUUUAACAAAAUUAAAA